UUCCUGCAGUUUGCAUCCAUUGAAAAAUCUCAGGUGGCAUAGCUGGAUGAGAUCACGGAAAGGAGAAAAUUUGGAAUCUCAAGUGUCAUGUCAGAACAAGAGCAGAGAGGCUGAGAAGAUGUAGGGUACGAUAGGAGGGCAAGAUGAUGCCAGUAAAGCUCCUCCUCUAAUGCUUUCAUUUCUCCUUAUUGCUCGGUGAAACACAUUUUCUGUCAGACACGCAGCAGAGUUGAGAACAAGCACUUCAUAAAAUAAAAUUGCUGUUUUGAAAACCUGGCAACACCAAUUUGACACCAUCUGUGAGCAUUUUCCCUGUGCUGUAGACAUUUCUUGGCAGCUAUUCUCCUGCAUUCUGUAUUAGGCAUUGCAGAGAAAAACAAACAUUCUGGAAGAUGGAGGGGGAAGCUACAUCUCCUAAAAUGAUUACAUACCUGGAGUAAUACAUUUGGUGAACAUGGCUACUGGAACAGUAGUGUAUGUACCCUUUAAUGGUCCCAAUGUAUACCAAGUAGGGCAGGGGUUUCCAUCUACUACUGUUAUCCAACCACCAGGGAUGGUGCAAUAUGUACCAUGUGGAGAGCCGCAGCUUGCAAGCCCCAGCAAUCCACCUGAGCAGACCUCUCAAGUGAGACCACUGCAGAAAUUUCUCAAAGUGGAGGCCAAGACUCUGGGGGCCAUCCAGAUCAUGAUUGGAUUAAUACACAUAGGCUUUGCACUUUUCUAUGCUGUUUUUCCUGUGGUAAGCCAGAUGUUCUGGAGUGGAAUUUUUUUUAUUGCUUCUGGAUCAGUGACUGUGUCAGCUGAGAAACGUCUCACUCAAGGAUUGGUGAAAUGCAGUGUGGGAAUGAACAUCACGAGUGCUGUAAUGUCAUUGAUUGGCAUCAUUCUAUAUAUAAUAACAUUGGCUACAUACUCCCUAUAUCACUAUUCAGAUUACUCUUAUCAAUAUACUUCUGCAGGUACUGGACUCUGUGUCCUGCUCCUCUUGUUCAGCUUGUUGGAGUUCUGUAUCACUGUUGCUACAGCACACUUUGGGUGCCAGGCGACUUGCUGUAGCACUAACCCGGAGUCUGUGGUUUAUGUGCCAUACACCGUCAGUGGAGGUGCAAUGACUCUUCCGGAAAGCUCUGCUACUGCUCCUCCAGCCUAUGAUGCCAUGUACCCUUCCAAGAGCCAAUGAAGAACACAUCGACAAAUUUAUGAGAAGCAUCACACCCGCAGUGUUAACUAUCCAGCCACCUCAGUAGUAAAAUAUUAAGCAUUUCCUUUCUCAAAAAUGGCAAAUACUAUAUAUCGCAUCUGCGCAGUGCGUACUGCACUGUAGAAACUUUCAGUAAUUAAUCUUUUUAUUUAAAAAAUCAGUUGAAAAUGAUAGAAUCUGUCCUUCUGGAUCCAAGUACUCUGAGUAAUCCCCACCAGUUCCUUUCCCAGAUCAACAAACACAAAGUGCAAUAGCAUUAAGACUUCCGAAAGAACUAAUACUGCCACUAGGCCUCAGACAGAGUACUGUGAGGAGAUCUUGGCCUGGCAUGCAAGGACAUUUGGGCCCCAUGGAAUUGAGAAAGUCCCAACAAGAAUGAUCUAAAGAGAAACUCCCUGUCAAUAGACUUACUUGGAGUGUACCAGAGUAGCAUAGGUUUGCCUGGAAUUACCUAUCCUAAAAUUCCCCUACAAAGGCCUCAAACUAUAUAAUGAUCCAGAAGGACCAUAGGUACCAUAACCAACUAAACAGGAAAGGAGCUUGUGGGGAAUGCUCAUAUUUGGAUGUAGUAAUGGGGAUGCCAGUUGGACGCAGAAAGAGCUGUGCAAUGUCUGAAUGAUAUUCAGCAACAUACUUAGGGUCCUCCACACUGUAGACUGUGGAGAUCUGCUUCAGUCUACUAAUUGAAAGCCUUUUGAUAAUUUGAUAAUUUUAAAUUCCUCCAUUUUUCUGCUUAGUAUUGCAAAAAUGGUCAAAACAGCCAUCUUAAAAGAGAUAGCUGUCUUCUCUCAAUCUCACUCUCUCAUUUUCUCUGUCUUCCAUCCAGCUCUCUCUUUUUUUAUUUUGUAAAAGGGGAUGACACUUCCACCAAUUCAGUCAUCCCCCUAAAAGAAAAUAAUUACUGUUCCUCCCUUCAUUGAAAUACAUACAUGCAUGUCUAAGAAUCAGUAUGCAAAGGGAUCUUGUAGCACCUCUGAGACUUAAGUGAAAGAGAGACAUUAGUAGUGUGAAUUUGUAGACUUGAGAGCCUACUUCCUCAGCUGGAUACAGUGAAGUCCCCAUGCAGAAGUAGGCUCAAGUUUAUAAAACCCUAUGUUCCCAAGUUCUCUUUUUCAUUGAGUGCUACACAAACCCUUUGCAUACUGAUUUUCCAGACGAACAUGGCUGUCUUUCUAUGUUUGAGUAGAAAAAGACAAAUCUACGAAUAUAUUUUAAAAAGUAAAAAUUGUUGCAUAUAGUUCAUUGUUGUUGUCAUAGCAGAUUCUAUAGAGAAAUUACUCCAAAACCAUGAUGCUAUAGUAUACAUAGGAAUUAUGUAAGCAAUCUUCAUAAGUAUAUAUAAGCAAUAUUUGUGUCAAAAAAUGAUUAUGUAUUGUUGAAUCUUUCAGUAUUUUUAAUGUUGUAUAAAACAUCUCCACUUUUCAAUAAAUUUGUGUGCUGAACA